CGCUGGGCUUGCCCGCCCGGCUUUCAGCGGAGCUCCGCUGGCUGGCACAGCCUAGGUUUGCCGCCGCUAGGUUUGCAGCCGGUGCCUGCAGCUCUGGUGGCCGGCGCGGGAUGCUCACAGAUUCUCCGCGUCUCCGGAGCUUGCGUUCGGCUCGCGCAGAGCCAACUUGGCCCGGUCUGGGAGGCACCCAGGGGAUGCUGCUCCUGAGAAGUCCAGCGUCACAGCCUCGGGGCUCCAAAGGAAAAACCCGAGCUCUUGCAGGUGAAGCUGCGGUCCAUCCGCGGUCUUCCGGAGGCCGCCUGCGCAUCGCAUCACUGCCAGCCUCGGCCACGCAUAUUACCCCGGCACCGCCGGCGCAGGGAGCGCAGGAGAGUGGGGACCACGGCGGGGAAGGCGCGAACCGAACACCGAGGAUGGACGCCCGCACCUGGCGUCUGAGCUGGCACUGUCUCCUCCUCCUGGCUCUCCUUGGAUCUACCCGGAGCGAAGGUGUGGAGAGCUGCGAAGAAGUUCGGAAACUUUUUCAGUGGCGAUUUGGGGGAGCUGUCAAGGGACUACCGUAUACGCCGCGGGCAGGACCUGAUCUUCAGGUUUGUGUAUCCAAAAACCCAACAUGCUGUACCAGGAAGAUGGAAGAGAGAUACCAGAUUGCAGCUCGGCAAGAUUUUCAGCAGGUGCUUCAGACAUCCAGCUCAACAUUAAAGUUGUUAAUAUCUCGAAAUGCAGCUGCUUUUCAAGAGACCCUGGAAACCCUCAUCCGGCAAGCAGAGAAUUACACCAGCAUCCUUUUCUGCAACACCUACAGGAACAUGGCCUUGGAGGCUGCCGCUUCCAUUCAGGAGUUUUUCACUGAUGUAGGGCUCUAUUUAUUUGGUGCAGAUGUUAAUCCUGAAGAAUUUGUAAACAGAUUUUUUGACAGUCUUUUCCCUCUGGUCUACAACCAUCUCAUAAACCCUGGUGUGACUGACAGUUCUCCCCAAUACUCUGAAUGCAUCCGAAUGGCCCGCCAGAAUGUUAGUCCGUUUGGCAAUAUCCCCAAAAGAGUCAUGGGACAGAUGGGGAGGUCCUUGUUGCCCAGCCGCACGUUUCUGCAGGCCCUUAAUCUGGGCAUUGAAGUCAUUAACACCACGGACCAUAUGCACUUCUCCAAGGAAUGCAGUCGAGCCCUCCUGAGGAUGCAGUAUUGCCCGCACUGCCAGAGCCUCAUGCUCAGUAAGCCCUGUAUGGGGUACUGCCUCAAUGUCGUCAGGGGCUGCCUGGCCCACAUGACAGAGCUCAAUCCACACUGGCAUGCUUACAUCCGGGCCUUGGAAGAGCUCUCAAAUGCAAUGCAUGGGACCUACGACGUUGAGCACGUGCUCCUGAACUUCCACCUGCUUGUGAAUGAUGCUGUGUUACAGGCACACCUCAAUGGGCAGAAGCUACUGGACCAGGUGACUAAGAUUUGUGGCAAUCCAGUGAGGAUAGCGACACAGAGCCCCCGCUGCUCUUCUGAUCCAAGCAAAGAGAAGCAUGGAGUGAGGAUCUCUACAAGGAACGGUGAGGAGACGCUUGCCAACAGAAGAAAAGAAUUCAUCAACAGCCUUAGACUGCACAGGUCUUUCUAUGGUGGCCUGGCUGAUCAGAUUUGCAUCACUGAAUUAGCUGCUGCUGAAGGACGGCCCUGCUGGAAUGGGGAGGAUGUAGUGAAAAGCUAUGCUCAACGUGUGGUUGGAAACGGGAUGAAAGCCCAGUCUGGAAACCCUGAAGUCAGAGUCAGAGGAACUGACCCUGUGAUAAACCAGAUCGUUGAUAAACUGAAGCAUGUUAUCCAGUUGCUGCAGGGUAGAUCUCCCAAACCCAACACGAGGGAGUUGCCUCAGCCAGGCAGUGGUGGCGGCAUGCUGGAACAAUCUAGUGGGGACUGUGAUGACGAAGACGGCUGUGGUGGAUCAGGGAGUGGAGAAGUCAAGAGGACCGUGAAGAUCACAAACUGGAUGCCGGACAGCAUGAACUUCAGUGAUGUCAAGCAAGUCCACCGAGCAGACCAUGGAAGUACUCUGGAUAUAACUGGUGCGGGAUGUGCAUCGGGCACUGAGUCCAUGGUACUCACACUAAUGGGGAUGCUGGUGAUUUAUGGACUUUGGGGCAUCUUAUGCAUGUGCGGACGCUGGCCAUUGGUCGUACUUUCUCCUCACUAAGGGCAGAAGUUAAUGAGAUAUUUCCCCCAAACACUCGUGUCCUCUCAAGUGUUUGCUAAGGACACUUGGAGAUGACUCAAUUAGGCUAUUGUUUUCAGACACUUACCUUACUGUUUUAUCUCCAGAACCCUUCAAGUACAAAAACAAUUGUUUCUUUCUUAGUACAUGAAUUUAUUCUGGACUGCUGCUAUUCUGUAAGAAAUUCACCUUGUCCAAGGAAGUAAGUAUUUUCUCAGAUUGUCAAUUGUGCAUUCAAAUAAAAUUACAUGGGCUAUAUGAAACAAUAAUUAUAUUGUUAUGUAUGUCUUUGAGCACAUCAAUAUUUUAAAAUCGUAUUAUUAUAUGGAAUUCAUUUCUAAUUAAAAUAUCAAUAAAGCACAAUUUACUGAUUGAAA